GAAAACUGAGUUAAAAUGUAUUUGGCUAAGGUGUAUGUUAACUUCCGACUUCAACUGUACAUGUACACUACACCUAAUCAUUGAAGGGUUUUUCUUUAUUUUUUACUAUAUUCUACGUCGUAAAAUAAUUGUGAAGACAUCAAAACUAUGAAAUAACAGAUAUGGAAUCAUUUAGUAACCAAAAAAGUGUUAAACAAAUCAAAAUAUAUUUUAUGUUUGAGAUUCUUCAAAUAGCCACUGUUUGCCUUGAUGACAGCUUUGCACAGUCUUGGCAUGCUCUCAACCAGCUUUAUAAGGAAGUCACCUGGAAUGUAUUUCCAUUAACAGGUGUGCCUUCUUAAAAGUUAAUUUGUGGAAUUUCUUUCCUUCUUAAUGUGUUUGAGCCAAUCAGUGUUGUGACAAGGUUGGGGGGCGGUAUACAGAAGAUAGCCCUAUUUGGUAAAAUACCAAGUCCUUUUUAUGGCAAGAACAGAUCAAAUAAGGAAAGAGAAACGACAGUCCAUCAUUACUUUAAGACAUGAAGGUCAGGAGGGGACUGAGCAGGAGAGGACUGAGCACACACCCCUGAGGGUCCCCGUGUUGAGGAUCAGAGUAGCGUGUUGUUACCUACCCUUACCACCUGGGGGCGCCCGUCAGGAAGUCCAGGAUCCAGUUGCAGAGGGAGGUGUUUAGUCCCAGAGUCCUUAGCUUAUUGAUGAGCUUUGAGAGCACUAUGGUGUUGAACGCUGAGCUGUAGUCAAUGACUAGCAUUCUCUCAUAGGUGUUCCUUUUGUCCAGGUGAGAAAGGGCAGUGCUGGAGUGCAAUAAGAGAUGGCAUCUUCGGUGGAUCUGUUGGAGCGGUAUACAUAUUGGAGUGGGUCUAGGUUUUCUGGGAUAAUGGUGUUGAUGUGAUCUAUGACCAGCCUUUCAAAGCACUUCAUGGCUACAGAUGUGAGUUCUAUGGGUCGGUAGUCAUUUAGGCAGGUUACCUUAGUGUUCUCGGGCACAGGGACUAUGGUGGUCUGCUUAAAACUAGAGGUUGACCGAUUAAUCGGAAUGGCCGAUUAAUUCGAGCCGAUUUCAAGUUUUCAUAACAAUCGGAAAUCGGUAUUUUUGGACACCGAUUUGGCUGGGUUUUUUUUUUAUUAAAAAAAUGUAAAAAAUGUACACCUUUAUUUAACUAGGCAAGUCAGUUAAGAAACAUUCUUAUUUUCAAUGAAGGCCUAGGUGGGUUAACUGCCUUGUUCAGGGACAGAACAACAGAUUUUUACCUUGUCAGCUCGGGGAUUCAAUCCUGCAAACUUACGGUUAACUAGUCCAACGCUCUAACCACCUGCUUUACAUUGCACUCCACGAGGAGCCUGCCUGUUACGCGAAUGCAGUAAGAAGCCAUGGUCACGAGUCUGUUCAUCAUCUACUGAAGAUGGAUCCAAUGGAUAAAUAUAGGACAUAUGAAAGCAGUGGUCAACCAGAAGGGCUUUUUGAUCACUCACUGCAUUGGAGUGAGGUUAAAGAGGAGGCUGAAGAAUGUCCGAUUUCAGCUGUGUCGUUAGGAGUUGAAACAUCCCAGGUCUGUCCAAACGUGGACCCUGAUGAACAAGAUCCCUCAUUUAGCACAGUUUCAGACAUCUAUGGUGCCACAGAGCAAGAGCAUGGACAUAAAGGCAUGACAUAUCUCAAAGUAAAGGUGCUGCAUUCUCCAGUCCCAGUCAAAGAGGAGUCUGAAGAAUGCUCCCUUCUGCCAGUAGAUGAAGAGGAAGUUGCCUUAAUUACAGUGAAGAAAGAAGAGAAUGAAGACUGGUUGAAGUCAGAAGAUGAGGAUGUUGUGAAAGUGCCAGUGCCUUGGGAACCGUUGGAAACAUCAUGCUCAGAUACAGAGGAUACAGAGGACAGUGAGAUGGAAAGUGAUAAUGUGAAAGACUGUGAAAACCUUGAGAGUGACAUUUCAGGAGGUUUAAAGAUUGAAGAUUGUAGCAGGAUUGAUCCAGUGAUGAUGCCAGUUACAGAUGUGAAAGCUAAUGCUGUCGAUUUCAGUGAAUCUAAAGGGGGGUCCUCCUUCUACCCAUGCCCCCAUUGUACACUUGGUUUCACCAUAGAACGUUUUUUCCAUGGGCAUCUCAAGAGGGCCCACCCUGAAGAGUACAUUGCUCUGCUGAAGUCUGGGGAAAUAAUAGCAACAAAAAAGAAGUGUUCACAGCUGCCCCCAGCCACAUGCCCGCAAUGUGGCAAGAGCUUCUCCAAUAAAUAUGUUAUGGAAAAGCAUCAGAGGAGUCAUACAGGAGAGAAACCAUAUCACUGUGCAGACUGUGGGAAAAGCUACGUCUUCGCUGAUUCACUCAAAAAACAUAAAAAAAGAUGUGGGAAAGGAUUCCGAAGACAAACCCAUCUGACCAGCCAUGAAACGAUCCCCACAGGAGAGAGACCAUAUAAAUGCUCUCAGUGUGGAAAAGGAUACCGAACACCAGCCAGUCUAAAAGCACACCAGAAAACCCACCCAGGAGAAAAGCCUUAUCAGUGCUCUCAGUGUGACAAAUGUUUCGGCUUUUCCAGAGACCUUAAGAGACACAGAUGGACUCACACUAGUGAGAGACCAUAUAAAUGCUUUGAGUGUGGCAAAGGAUUCGUCGAACAAACCCAACUGACUAGCCAUGAGCUUAUCCACACAGGAGAGAGACCGUAUAAAUGCUCUCAGUGUGCAAAAGGAUACCGAAGACCAGCCCAUCUAAAAAGACAUAAAAUGACUCACACUUAAAGAUUGCCUCAGGGGUAAGAAGUAAUUCUACUGGCUGGAAGAUUUGAUAACUUUGAACUUUGAUAUGCCUGUAGAGUAUAUUAACUCUGGAACUUUAAUAUUCCCGUAGUAUAUAUGUUAUGUAAAGUUCAACAAAAUAUUGGAAAAUUUGCUACAUUGAAAAUGUAUGAAGAUAUUUAUAUUUUAAAAUAUUUAUAAAAUAAUGUUAGAAAUUGUUAUUUAAAUCUAAAUAUUACUCAUAUUACAGAGCAAGCGGUAAAGCUUCAUAUCACACCAAUUUUGGUUUUGUAGCAUCUACAGAUGAAACAUUAUGGAGUUUUAUAGGAGGCCUACUGUAGGUAAGGCCAAAUUGUCACAAAUAUUCCAACUUCAAUUCAUGUUUUCUCAAUUAUGCUUUAAGAUGCAAAUAUCAAAUAUAGGUCAACAAUGCUUCCUCCAAAGGACCCUUCUAUGGAUUAAAUUUCAUGAAAAUCCCCCCAUUUUGUUUUUGUUCUAGUUUAUCAGUGCUCUGUGACAAAUGUUUUGAUUUUUAUAGAGAUCUUACAAGACACAUACAGGCGAUGGGGCGUGAGCCAGUUGCCCACUCUGUCCAAUGGCAAAGUUGGCACAAAACAAAAUUGACGUAAUUAAGCAUGUGUAGUAAUGAGUAGGAUUCUGUGUAUUCCCAUGCAAAUAGUGAUUGCUUUUUAUAAAAAUGAGUUAUCUGCCAUCCUAAUGAUAACCCAUUUAUUUUUUGGAAAAGAGAUGUAUGUUUCUGGAAGAUGCGUCAUGCUGUCUUGUUGUGACAACAUGACCGAACAUCGCACAUUAGGCUACUUUUCGAUUUGAGAAGGGCGCUCUUCCCUACCCGCUUUCGACCAAUGACGUCAUGGGCCAGUGUAAAAGAACUCCCUCAAUUUGAAAAAUGUUGCGGUAGGAAAUGGUAAUUGACAUACCAACAGAGGAAACACAGCAUUGAGGCCUUACCACUGCUCUGAGUGUGGACAGAGCUUUAACUUAAGGGGGAUCUUUAAAUACCACCAGCAGAGCCACACAGGGAAGAAGACGUUUCACUGCACUCAGUGUGACAAGAGUUUCUCCUCAUUCACAGUCGAACCAAAACACUGGUCUGCUCUUACAGUGGGAAAGAGUUUAACCAGGAUGGGAACUUAAAAAAACGUCACCAAGGAUUCUGUAUAAAGACAUUAGAACACCCCCAUCUGUGGAAGUACAGAUAUGAUCUUUAGUGAGUAGGUGUAAUCGGAAUUGUUAAGUCUGUUACUAUUGGUACGUUGGUCUCUAGUUCAAAAUCAUUGAAGAUAGGCAUGUUCGUUCUCUGACACAACUGGGUCUUUCUAUAAAUAAUGAGGCCAAUGUGUGACAUUGGGAUCAAAUUUUUAAAAUAAAAAUGAUUUUCAUGCAGUUCCACAUGUGUACUUAGAGGAAUAAAAGUGAAUAUGUGCAAAUUGACAUACAUCCUUUAAGCAGGCUUUAUACAGACAUUGGGAAGUCAAAUUCAAGGACUUUCAGGGAAUUCCUCAAGCACUUAAUUGAAAUUUUCAAGAACCUCAAUGUUAUACAAUUGUAUAAUUUAUAUAAUUGUACACAUAGGACCUAAUAUUGACCCCCACCAAAAAAAUAAUGCAAAAACUGUUUUUUAAAAAAGAAGGCCAUUAUGCCUGACUUAAUAGAUUGGAUGCAUUCCGAUUUUUCUGUAGCUGACGACGCAGGCACACAUAAUAAUGCCAUGAAUAGCAUAAGCAUUACAUUUCAGUCAUUUAGCAGACACUCUUAUCCAGAGCAACUUACAGUAGAGUGCAUACAUUUUAUUACAUUUUACAUACUGAGACAAGGAUAUCCCUACCGGCCAAACCCUCCCUAACGACACUAUGCCAAUUGUGCGUCGCCCCACGGACCUCCCGGUUGCGGCCGGCUGCGACAGAGCCUGGGCGCGAACCCAGAUACUCUGGUGGCACAGCUAGCACUGCGAUGCAGUGCCCUAGACCACUGCGCCACCCAGGAGGACAUUAAUCUCACCAUUUGAAUCUCGCCAUCGCUCUUUUUAUACUGAACAAAAAUACAAACGCGAAAUGUAAAGUGUUGUUCUCAUGUUUCAUGAGCUGACAUAAAAGAUUCCAGAAAUCAUUCAUACGCACAAAAAGCUUAUUUCUCUAAAUAAAAUUGCACAGAUUUGUUUACAUCCCUGUUUGUAAGCGUUUGUCCUUUGCCAAAAAUAAUCCAUCCACUUGACAGGUGUGGCAUAUCAAGAAGCUGAUUAAAUGGCAUGAUCAUUACACAGGUGCACCUUGUGCUGGGGACAAUAAAAGGCCUCUCUAAAAUGUGCAGUUUUGUCACACAACACAAUACCAUAUCAAAUCAAAAUCAAAUCAAAUGUAUUUAUAUAGCCCUUCUUACAUCAGCUGAUAUCUCAAAGUGCUGUACAGAAACCCAGCCUAAAACCCCAAACAGCAAGCAAUGCAGGUGUAGAAGCACGGUGGCUAGGAAAAACUCCCUAGAAAGGCCAAAACCUAGGAAGAAACCUAGAGAGGAACCAGGCAAUGAGGGGUGGCCAGUCCUCUUCUGGCUGUGCCGGGUGGAGAUUAUAACAGAACAUGGCCAAGAUGUUCAAAUGUUCAUAAAUGACCAGCAUGGUCAAAUAAUAAUAAUCACAGUAGUUGUCGAGGGUGCAGCAAUCAGCACCUCAGGAGUAAAUGUCAGUUGGCUUUUCAUUGCCGAUCAUUCAGAGUAUCUUUACCACUCCUGCUGUCUCUAGAGAGUUGAAAACAGCAGGUCUGGGACAGGUAGCACGUCCGGUGAACAGGUCAGGGUUCCAUAGCCGCAGAGGCCAUAGAGGUCUCAGGUUUUGAGGGAGCGUGCAAUUGGCAUGCUGACUGCAGGAAUGUCCACCAGAGCUAUUGCCAGAGAAUUUAAUGUUUGUUUCUCUACCAUAACCGCCUCCAACAUCGUUUUAGAGAAUUUGGCAACCUCAGACCACUCACAACUCAUUCUGAUUUGCUGGGCCUGGCUCCCCAGUGGGUGGGCCUGGCUUCCAAGUGGGUGGACCUAUGCCCUCCCAGGCCCACCCAUGACUGCGCCCUUGCCCAGUCAUGUGAAAUCCAUAGAUUAGGGCCUAAUGAAUUUAUUUAAAUUGACUGAUUUCCUUCUAUGAACUGUAACUCAGUAAAAUCUUUGAAAUUGUUGUGUUUAUAUUUUUGUUCAGUAUAUAAUGAAAAGGUGACCAAAAAACAGAUUCCUAUUUUAAGGGAUGGAUUUGUAUGGAAAGCCAAGUGGAAGGGAACAUUAGAUGUCAUCAUCAUAAUAACCGCGCGUGGUUUUACCGCAACAGAAUAGUACCCUUCAAAUGAAGCAGCGGGAAACUAAUGAGUGUCCACAUCUCCCACAAUCAUGGAUAAUUAUAAGGAAGCAGGAGAACUUAUAAAUUGGCUACAAUAAUUACAUGGAUUUUGAUGUACAACAACAAUAUACCAAUGAAGAGAUUUACAGGAUAUGGUGCAGGUUAACUGUUCUCUUAGCAUUUGUGGAAAUGUAAAAAAUGUUGUCCAUCGGGGAGAAUCUUUCUGCUCAGUAAUUAUUAUUUUUUGUUAUUAUUUUUUGCAGCUUUUUCUUUUGUUGUUACAUGUACAUUCUGCACACAUUUUAAUAGUAAUUUUUUCUUCUUCUGUUUUUACAUAGCAAGAAUAAAGUAAUUUGAUAUUUUUAUAUGCAUGUAGAUAGAUAAUACUUAUACAUUGUACAUUGUGUUUUCAGUCAUAACUAUUAUAGAACAUGAGCUUUUAAACCCAUCCCUCACCUACUCUGUCCAUCCCACCUAUCUCUGUAAACCGCCCUCUUUUGAUUUACAUGUGCCAUAUAUUUUUCAACUGUGCUGUGAUGUUUCACAUAUUCUGAACCUGUCUAAUCGCGUAGUAUCUACAGAUUUUAAGUUUAAGAUAAAUAUCUGUACUAAAAGUAUUAUAUUGUUGAUUGACUAUGGUUUUCCAAAUCUCCCAACAGUGCUAUUUUUUGGGGUUCAUUUUAGAACAUUUUUGUGAUUUUUCAGCCAUUCCUGAACCUGUGACCAGAAGCAAGCUACAUAGGGGCAAUAAAAAAAUAAGUGAUCUAAUGAUUCAAUCUCUUCAUAGAAAAAUCUGCAGAGCUGAGAUGGUUUUAUGCCCCAUGUAAGCAUGUACAUAACAUUCUGUUUGUGGCAAGCGUUUUGCAUAAUAAUUUAAAUGGAAAAACUCUGUUUUGAAUCAAGCUUUGUUUUGCAUAUCAGUUCAUUAAUUAACCAUGUGCCACGGAAUAGUAAAUAUGUUUAGUUAUACAGUAUUUAAAAUCACAGCCUCUUGGUUCACAGCAUUAUGAUAUUUCUGCUACACCACCAAAACUGUAUUCCUGCACUUUGGAAUUCAAAGUAAAUCUCAGCUUUGUUAAAUUUACACCAAAGAAAAACUAUGAUAUUGUAUUGAUCAUAGUGAUUCAGGAGUAACAUUGAAACAGAAUAAUAUGCCCCAUCAACAUUAUACAACUAUACAGAAACCCUCAAAUUGCUGAAAUAAAUCAAUGAAAUCAGGGAUGAGAGAAUAGUCAGAUUAACUGAUUAACUAAAAUAGCAGUGCAGAUGGCACUAUUUAUCUAAAUGCUAGAUGUACUAUAGUCAAUGAAUGUGUAGGGAAAUGCUACAGACAUUAUUGCUCAACAGAAAGAUCGGAACACCUCAAAUCCAGAGGCUAUGAGUUCCCCAGGUGGUGUUAUAUUUUAGAUGAACAGCGUACCACUUACUUUAAAAUCACCAUAUCAUUACUAUACUUAUAAUGGUUUACGAUGGUUUGGGACCAUCACGUGACAUCCUGACGACUGGUAAAACAAAAGUCUUGCAUCCACGUGCUAAUCUACGUUACUUUUGCACCUAGCUCAUACCCGGGAGGCAGCCCGUUUCCAAAAUGAGUGCAAUCCCUUUUUUCCCGGGGAAAACUUCUCCCGCUUGGGCGACCUGUGUCAGAUAAUCAAAUCCAUUCAAUAUCUCACAUUUAUUUAACAUGAGAUCAUGUUCUCACAUAUGCUCACAUGUUGUCAAGUGUAGUUUCAUGUUAUCACAUUGCUUCACAUGUUGGACAUGUUAUCACAUUAACUUCACAGGUGAUCACACAAGAUCUCACUUGUUCACAUGUGGAAUGCAUUUGUUUUUUCCAUAAUGGACACCACAAACAUUCAAUUUUUUAGUCCAGAUGUUGUUUAGUUGUCUGAUAUUGUUUAGUUGAGAAGUGCCAAUUAAUGGAAUGUUAAAAUAAUAAAACAAAAAAUUAUUUGUAUUAUUAUUUUAUUAUUUCUGCUGCACAAAAUGUUAAACAUGGCAAUGUUGUUCUCAUGUUCUCAAUAAAGGCUUUCAAUAUUUCA